AUGGACGUCGCACUCGAAGAGGGCGAAGUGCUGCGCGACUUCGACUACUCGGUGCGCGUGAACCUGGCCAACAGCUCGCUCUGCGGCGACCGACAACGCUCCGUUGCACUCAAGCUUCGUUUAGCGAAACCCGAUGGCUCUGAGCGACAGGUGAUGCUGGAGCUGGACGAGGAGCAGCUCACCCGCCUGCUCAAGGACUUUGGAAGAAUUCACCAGGAACUGCAGAAGCGCCCGUAA